AUGUCGCUCCUUCAGAACGAAGACUUUGUGCUAUAUCAGCUUCGAACCGCGUACCUCUCCUCGAUCAAAGACGGCGUAGGCGAACGAUUGAUCAAUGUAGACUCGAGCGUCCUGAACAACCCCGCGUUUCGCGCCGCGGGCUGGGUUCCCAAUGCCGCUGACAUCAAGCGCACCUACUCCCCACCAAUACCCACCGCGAUCACUUCGGAAUACUUCCAGGCCCCGCGGUCAGCUGGCCUGAAGUCGCCUGAGGGCUUUGGCGAAGAUGACGACGAGGGUGGCAUGGUCACUGGAGGGGCAAGCAACGAUACGGUCGGACCUACGCUCAAUGCGAAACGGAGGCGGAGGAAGGAACAGCUGGAAGAAGAUGAUAGCAGUGACUUGAGCGAUGAGAGCGACGACGACGACGAUGCGCAAAGACCAGCCAACCAGAUCAAGUUCACCAAAAUGCCGCUGCGGACGCGCUCAGGAUCGUCGCCCAUGCCUGGGUCAGCCCUACGCAAUGAGCUGGCAGAAGCUGGAGAAGGCCCUUCACUCAUGAUCACGUCUCCAUCACGGCCGCCGGACGACGUAUUGCGAAGAGGAUCUUUGGGCACCGUGGAUGCGGGCAAGAGCCGACCAAGAAGGGACACCAUAACUAGCAGUGAGAUGUCUUCGGAGAACGAGUUUGAUAACUCGUCAUUCAGAAAGAGAAGAGUCAACCCGCGCAAAGCCGCAGGUGCGAGCCAAUUGCUUUCCAAGCGCAUUGAAGAAGACUCAGGGGAGGCUGUCGGCGCACGCGCACGCCUGGAAGCUCUAGACGAAGGGGAUGAAUCAGACGACUCCCUCACAUCCGAAUUCUCUGGAUCCGACGAUAGCGCGUCUCUCAUCGGUGCAGGAGGUGAUCCGCUGGACUCCUCUCCCGCAGGUGGCGACCUUCCCACCAUGCCCGGCUUGACGCCCUUCCAAAACAUGUCGCCGAAAAAGAAGAAGGAGCCAAUCGCACCAACAUUACAGGCACUGCCUCCACCGCGACCCAUCAGCUUCGUACUGCCAGUGAGCGCGUUGACCCAAGCACUACGAGCGAAGGAGCAAAAGCCAUCGAAUCCGCUACAGCGCUUUGCCAUGUGGAACGCUGCUAGCGAAGCUCAGCAAAACCCUCUAUACAUCAAACUUUACUGUCCAUUCUCUUCGAAACCUUCAAAGCCUGUCGAGCUGCUGAUCCGGAAGUUCAGUGACAAAGGCGAGGGUCCUACUGUCGCGGAAGCAAUCGGAUAUGCACUACAUCGAUAUCAGGAAGAGAAGUUGGAACCGCCGCUAUCGCCCGAACAGAUGAAUGUCAACCGCUGGGUCAUGCGCAUGUACGAUGACGGCGAGGUUGACGACGAGUUCCCACCUUUGACAAGGAACAAGCCGUUGAAAGACUUCGCUUCGAACAACGCCCGUGGUAUGCGUCCACGAGCACGAGAUAAACCAUGGGAUGAGUUCGCACUUGUUGAGGCAUCUCAACGAGAGUUUGGCGAGAACGAGAAGCUCACCCCAAUCUACAGUCAAGAGGCAGCUAGUGCAGUCGCGUCGCAAACCGAUGGCCCCGACGAGAAAGAAGAGAAGAAGCCCCUCAAGCCUCUUCCAAGUCGCGCGAAGAGCUUCAGGAAUCCUAUUACUGGCCCUUCGUUUGCGCCCACUGCGACGCGCAAAGAUACUAGUAAUCUUGCCGACGUACCAAAAAUCCCACAAACACAUGCUGCUAGCCGCAUGGGAGCCCCCAAGACAGUCAACGUCCACUUCACCGACGAAAAUUUCAACACGAAACACUUCAACAUACCCUGCACCACUGACACUUACAUUGCUGAUAUCUUCGAUCAAGUAUGCCACGACUUGCGCUUAGAGAAAGCUUUGUAUAUCCUCAAAGUUAGCGGCAGCACUACGGUAGCGCCACCUGACCGUACUGUAGAGGCUCUGGACACACGGAUGGAUCUGGAUCUCGUGCGUCGUCGUUUCGUGGGCGAUGGUGUCUACGGGCUUUCGGGAUCGCCAGGGUCGUCAUCACCCAAUGCACCACUCAUCAUCAGUACCGGUGGCGCGCCGAAGAAGACAAAGAAGGGCGACCGCACCAACGCCGCUGUCUCUGGCCAAGGUCUCAUCCAUCCACUCGCCAGGAAUGGCGACUCUGGUGCUCUGGCUCUCACAGCGACAAACUACUACCGCCGCUAUGCCGUCCUUCGCAAACAGCCCAUGUCCUUCGCCUCUUCUACAUCUCGCAUCAUUGCUCUCGAUAAUGAGUACAUCCAUAUUAUGCCCGGAGAGUCCAAGACAGGAGCGCGAGGCGGCUUUGGAAUUGAGGGCCAGGGCAAGACGACUACUGUGCAUUUCAGCAGUGUGGUCGGUAGCAAGGUCAGCAAGAAGCAUCCCAAGAUGUUCCGGGUCAUCGUAUUCAAGGAGCGCGAGACGAAACGAUAUGAUUUCGAAGCCCAGAGUACAAAUGAGGCAGUGGAGAUCGUCAGGGAAAUCAAGAACGGUGUCGAGAGAUUCUCGCAAGGCAUCGUAUGA